AUCAAAGAUAACAUCUUUGAUUGAUUCCCGUCUUGCAAAGCUGUUUGUCUCUGUCUGAUUUGGCAAAUCUGGUACACUUGGUCUGUCGGAUAAGUUUAAGCAUAUCAAAUUCAUGUCUACUUCUUAAUGAUAGGGUUCUAUGCAGGAUAAGAUAUAUAUUUUUGGGUUUUAUAUUUUAUCGGUUUAUAUUUUAUUUAUUGUUAAUUAGAUUAGAGAGAUAUUGAUGAAAUCAGAACCUAGUAACCUUCACAAAUCACAAUACAUAUAAUAGAUGGAACCUCGAAGUAGAUAAAAAGCUUGGAAAAAAAGGAAAGGAAUGAAAGAAAAAGAGGAACGAACCCCUCUCUCUUUUUCUGGCCCAAACUAAUUGAGAAAAGGAAAAGGAGCUCUUUUCUGCUUCAAUUUGAAGUCACUGCCUCUAUAACACAUGCAGUUUGAUUAAGCUGAGUUUGCUGGUCGUCGUUUGGUUUAACAAAGUCAACUUGAUGAGUAAAGAAGAUAGCUUCUGGGUUUGUUGCUGUGUUACUUUCUGCAUCCGGGUUCUUGAAUUUCGAGUUUGAAGGUAUCUGUUUAUGUUCUUGUUUGGAGAACUAUCCAGUUAUUCUGAUGAUGUGUCGAAAUAAGAGGCCGUUCGUUGGUGCUUUGGUUGAUGCUCCUAGGAUUUCCCUUGUAUUUGAUUUGGGAAAGGGCUUUUGUAACUGGGAUUUCAAGUUAUAUAGAAUUUGUGGGUCUGAUUAUUCUUUGGUUUGAAAUGAGAUUUAUGCAUCCGACUGUUCUUUAAUUGUGAUGUCGAGCCCCUUGUACUCUGAGCAAAUCUGAUUUAAAGGAUUCUCUGGACAAGGCAGGUUUGGAAGGAAUUUUGAUCAUUGCAAGUUAUGAUCAAGCAAAUACUUGGUAGGCUUCCAAAUAAGACUUCUAAGUCAUCUGAGUCCCGUGAAUUUGUGGGUUCAUCAGCGCCAACUUCAAAUGCGUCCACCAGUUUAAAUAACGGUGACCUUGCAAGUGAUAAGCCAAUAGACUCAAGGAAUGCAUCAAUCCAGGGUCUUGAUCCCGAUUCAAUAGGCCACAGUCAUGGAAGUAUGCUUACCCAAUUUACAAGUCUAAAACUGAAUGGCAAUUCAGUUAGUGCUCCAUAUGAAGCAUUGCCAGGAUUCAGGGAUGUUCCUAGUUCUGAGAAGCAGAAUCUAUUUAUUGGAAAACUGAGAUUGUGUUGUGUUUUAUUUGACUUCACUGACCCGACAAAAGACUUGAAAGAGAAGGAAAUUAAGAGACAGACGUUGCUUGAGCUUGUCGAUUAUGUUACUGCUGCAAAUGGGAAGUUCACAGAAACUGUUGUGCUAGAAGUUGUGAAGAUGUUAUCUGUGAACUUGUUCAGAACACUUGCACUCCAACCUCAUGAGAGCAAGCUUUCUGGAGCCCUUGAUUUAGAAGAAGAGGAACCAUCGAUGGACCCUGCUUGGCCGCAUUUGCAGAUUGUGUAUGAGUUCCUUCUGAGGUUUGUUGCAUCUCCUGAGAUGGAUGCUAAAUUGGCUAAGAGAUACAUUGAUCACUCUUUUGUUCUUAAAUUGUUGAAUCUCUUCGAUUCUGAGGAUCCCAGAGAGAGGGAAUAUCUUAAAAUGAUUCUACAUCGCAUCUAUGGAAAGUUUAUGGUGCAUCGUCUGUAUAUAAGGAAGGCAAUAAACAACAUCUUCUUCCACUUCAUUUUUGAAACGGAGAAGUUCAAUGGAAUUGUGGAGCUUUUGGAAUUUUUGGGCAGUGUAAUCAGUGGAUUUGCUACUCCACUGAAAGAAGAACACAAGUUGUUCCUUGUUCGGGCACUGAUGCCUCUUCAUAAACCUAAAUGCUUGCCAACGUACCAUCAGCAAUUAUCAUACUGCAUCACACAGUGCGUGGAGAAAGACUGCAAGCUUGCAGAUACUGUUAUAAGGGGUUUGUUGAAGUACUGGCCAAUCACCAAUAGCUCUAAAGAAGUCCUAUUUCUAAGUAAGCUGGAGGAAAUCUUAGAAGCUACUCAACCAGCAGAAUUUCAAAGAUGUAUGGUACCCCUGUUCCGUCAAAUUGCUCUUUGCUUGAGCAGUUCGCACUUUCAGGUGGCAGAGAGGGCAUUGUACUUAUGGAACAAUGAUCACAUUGAGCACUUGAUCAGACAAAACCACAAAGUUAUACUGCCGAUUAUCUUCCCAGCUGUGGGAAAAAAUGGUCGUGACCACUGGAAUCAGGUGGUCCAGAACUUGACACUUAAUGUCUGUAAGAUAUUCUCGGCUGUUGAUCCCGAGCUAUUUGAGGAGUGCUUGCACCAGUUCCAGGAGGAUGAACGAAAAGAGGAGGAUAUAAAAGCAAGGAAUGCGGCUACAUGGAAGCACUUGGAAGAGAUUGCUGCAACAAAAAGCUGCUAGUAUCCUUCCCUGAAUUAUACCAACCCAACAUCUUCAAGAGUCUCAGUUCUUUUGAUUGGCAUGGGUCGACAAGAUGGUAAUGGUACUGUUAAAAACGACAUACAUCCAGAUUAUUACCCAAGUUCCUUGCUUUUUGCAUUCGUAUUCUUUACACUAUCAUGAACCGCACCUCCAGUGACACCAUACAGCUACCGCGAAGUCAAAAACUUUUCUCACUUGCACAGAGACAACAUCCAGAUUACACUGCAAGCGGAAGUAAGAUCUAAGAACCUGCAUUCACAUUUUCAGCAUAAAGAUAGCAACUUUCGGCAUUCUUAUGGCUUGUCUUGUGAAGAGUUUAGGGGAAGUAGCUACAGAUCACAGGUUUUUGUACACAAUUAUUUUCACAACUUUGUAUCAUAUAUAUGUUGUGUAUGUAAUGUAUCAUAUAUUUUGAUGACAAUUUUAAGAAUGUUAUUUAUGGUUUAGGGUUAUUGGUUUAGAUGAUCAUGGUACUGCCCGUUCAUUGUCAAGUCUUGAAAGAUAUGAAGUGCUUUAAACUCUACUUCCUCUACCGUCCACUGAACCAGAUACCAUUGAAAUUCAAUACAAUGUUCGUUCUCUUCUUCUA